GGAAAGAGGAGGCAAGAGGAGGAAGAAAAGAAAAUGAUGAUGAAAUGUAAGGAAGUGGGGAAGAGAAUGAAUGAGGGCGUGAGAUACCAACUGGAGCAAGAGGAAAAGGGGAAGAUAGAGGAAGAGGAGGCAGAGUGAUGGAGGAAGACAAAGAGAGGAGGAAAGAGACAGAGGGGAAGGUAACUGAGGAUGAGAAAAAGAAGAGUCAGGAGAAAGAUGGGAGGAGGAAGAAGGAAGAAGUGGAAAUAAGAAGCCAGGAAAUUGACAAAGGAGAAAAGAGGGAGAAAGGGGCACUGAAGAAAGCGGAGGAAGAGGAAAUGAGGAGGAAGGAGGCAGACAGGAAGUGGAAAGAAGAAAUGAAGAAGAGGAACAGGGAUGAAGAAAGCACAGGGACGGCUGAAGAAAAGGACUGGUGGAAGGAGGAAAAGGUAGAGGUGGCCACUGAGGAAUCAGAAAACAGGAAGAAGAAUGAGGAGGAACAGAGGAGUGAAGCGUUACGAAGGAAAGAGAAGAGGACAAAGAGUGAUGACGAGGGCGUGAGGAAAGUAAAGGAGGGGAAGAAAAAAGAAAUAGAAGUGCGGAAGAAAACCGACAACGAUGAGAAGACAAUCGAGGAUGGAGAAAUGACUAGGAGGAGGAAGGAAGAGGAGAGAAGAACCCAGCAAAGGGAGGAGGAGAGGAGCGAGGAAGUUAAAGAGGAUGAAGAACCCCUGAUGAAAAAAAUGAACAAAAGGGAUGGGAGAAGAGUCACCAGGACUGAAAUGGACCAGAAUAUACACGAGAACCUCAAUCGGAACAUCCAGGAGAACAUGUGUCUAAACACCACCGAAAACAUCCAGGAGAAAAUCCAUCGUAGCAUUGACGAGAACAUUCCAGAGAACCUCCAACACGAGCUCCGUGAGGAUUUCAGUGAGAACAUCUGUGAAAAUAUCCAUGAGAACAUUCAUCAGAACAUCGUUCAAAACAAACAUGCCAUCAAUGACGACAACUACGACAGCAGCCACGAGAACAUUCAGGAGAACAUCCGUCAGAAGUCCUCCUCCCACAGUGAUACCCUCUUGCACUCCCAGCUCACGCGUGAGAGGGGGCUGUCCUGGAUGAAAGGACACGUCUGCCGGUCGGAAGUGCAGAACAGGAGCGCGCUCCUGCGGAGACGUUCUGUCAGCUCCAGGAGAGAGGGCAGGAGGUCCGCCCAGGAUGACGACCUUCCUCCGCUGUGUCCCGACACGCUGUUACGGUCUGCGGGCAGGAGAUCGUUGCAGGAGGUCACCAUCUUAGUUCUGGAGGACUUGCCAGGCUGCAGUUUAUCCACUCUGACUCAGUGCGCUCGACUGCAGUCUCUGACGCUGAGAAGGUGCGGGCUGAAAGUCCUGGAAGGCAUCAAUCAGCUCGCUGAGUUGAUUUACAUUGACGUGCAGGAAAACAUCAUCUCAAGGGUGGAUUGUGAGAAUAUGACUGGUUUGAGAGUUCUCAAGAUGGGCUGCAACAAGCUGACGUCCAUUCAUGGUUUAAUGGGGGCAGAGAACCUGGAUGUCCUACAACUUUCACACAAUUCCAUUACACGCAUUGCUGGUCUGGGCUCUUUGAGGCGACUCCAGUGCUUGUCUUUGGACCACAACCGGCUCGUUAGCGCCAAGGGCCUGAGGGACGUCUGCACCCUGCUGCACCUCAACUGCUCCCACAACCACUUGGCCGGCGUGGAGGGUCUGGAGAGCAACAUUCUGCUUCGCACCCUGGACCUGACCUCCAACAGCCUCACCGAGCCGCCCGCGCUGCACGACCACGUCCUCCUCGGGGAGCUGCGCCUGGAUGACAACAGCCUGGCCUCUCUGCACCCUCUCCUCGCCACCUCGUGGCUGCCUCACUUGCGCACUCUGACGGUGGCGCACAACAGGCUCACACACCUGCCUGACUUGUCGGCCGUAGUAUCGCUCACUAACUUGGACCUGCGCUUCAACUGUUUGUCAGAUGUGAAUAACUUGUGCCACAGCCUGGAAGGAUGCCAGUCGCUGAAAGAAGUACAUCUCACAGGGAAUCCUCUCCAGCGGGAGAGCAGCUGGAGAUUCACUCUGCAGGUUGCAGUGUCCUGUAUUCGAACCAUUGAUGGGACAGAUGCAGACAUCCUCCGGACCGACACAGCGGUUACUAGGCAGACUGGAUUGUCCUCAAAUGGCUUCCUAAGCUUGAUCGGGAUGCAACUUGAGGAGAUUGCCGUUUUACAGCAGCAACACAGCGAGCAGUUGAGCGAAGCUUCACACUCGUUGGACCGCAUCAAACUUACUUGCCGACACUCGAUGGAGGCUUUGGGCCUGGCCGAGGAGCAGCGACGCGCCCUGGAACGCGCCCACGUUGGCCCAAAAUCUGAUUGCCGCACAACCUUGGAGGAAACUCUCGUCGAAGUCUUAUCAGUCAAUUCCGACGGGGGCAACGCGACGCCACUUUGUGAUGUUCAGGUACCAGCGGUGAUGGGAACAAGUAACAGUGAACAAAUGGCGUCACACCAUCAAGACAAGGACCUUAAAAGACCCUCUGUUACGUGUGAAGAUGCAGAAGGAAAAGCAGCAGAUGGAGGGAAAUCCGAGUCUGCUUUGACGAGGACCGAUCCCGCCCAGCACCAUGCGGCAACUGUCAUCCAAGCGCGGUGGAGAGGAUUCACCUUGAGGAGGAAGCUGGCAGCCGCUCUUGCUGCUGUCACGUCCCUGCAAGGUGACGACGAAAACUUUGAAGUGGUGGACGUGGAGGAGUUCGUCCUGGAUGAGGCAAUGCUGGAGCAAGGCUGGACUUUCUGUGAGGAUUCUCCGACCGGAUGGCCCUCAGUGUCCAAGCAGCCAUUACUGCAACAGAGUCCAGGAUUCUAUCCGGAAUAUUCCCAAUUGGUUUUACCACCUCUGCCCACACGGAGGCUCACGCAAGCCUGGGAAAUCAAAGAACACGAGGACAAGCGGGUUUUCCAACAGAGCUCCAACAGGAGCGAAUCUGCUUCAACUUCAGUGGCAAGUGACUUCUCUGAGAGAUCAGAAAGAAUUCUGGAGGAAUGGGGCUUCACUAACAGGCAAACGGCUGAACUGAUGCUGAGGAGAGCCCAGAAGAUGAAGUCCAAGCGGAAAAGCCCAGGUCCGUCAGGGCAUCUGGAGGCCUGGAGAAACCAGCCACUUAUAACCUUCCAGCUGGAGGCUCCAAACAGGCUGGCACGGCGCAGCAUAAGUGCUACAAGGGUUGACCAGGUGGAGGCGGGCCCAGGGCGAGCAAGGUGGGAACAGACUCAAAAGUGGCUCCAAAACUACAAGACUGUGAAACGCUCAGAAAGCGAACAUUUCUUGCCGGACAUUUCCAGCGACGCAGUUUGUGGUGGACGACGACGACAACGUGUGCCUGGAGCAGAACGUGCGGAACAUCGCACAAAUGGAGUUUGGGCCUGCAUCGGUUUACCUGCUCAAGGAAGCAACAGAAACGCUCAAGGAUUUCCAAAACAAGAUGCUCCUACUCCGCAGGAGACGGAGCGCAUCUCCUUCCGGGGUGAGCCAUUGCGUCGUAGUGGCGGAUGGGGUGGAGGGAAGAAGAGAGACAAAGUAAAACGCUGAUGCAUGUCUUGUUCAAGGAUAAAAAAAAAAAAAUGAGAGAAUGAGAGAAAGAGAGAGAUGCAAUAGAACCUCGCUGCUGGACUGUGUAGUCGCAUUAAGGAUAUUCUAUCCUGCAGCCCAAACACUUUCAGGUGCUUCCUUUGAGCAUUGCGGCCUAAAGAAACACUUUUAAUGCAUAACGCAGUUUGUAUCAUGACGGUUGCCAGUUCAUCUUUCUUAAGCUUGGAUGAAGUCCAGUUUUGGAAGUCCAAAUCCUGAUGUGUUUCCUUGUCACGUCCAAGCGCUCUUCUGUAGCCCCGGUUAGCCGCCUCGUUGCAAUUCUCUCGAAGAGUCGGCUGGGGAAGAGCCAAUAAAUCCCAAGUGUCCAACUCAAGGCCCGGGGGCCAGAUCCGGCCCGCUAUAUGAUUUUAUGUGGCCCGCGAAGGCAAAUUACGAAUAUGAACUUCCAUUAUUUUUGUUAAAAUCUGUACCAAAAUAUCAAAUUGUCAUAUCAUGAACAAUCAUGUUGCGCUAUCGCAAGCAUUAUUCUGUACCCAAGCGUCAGCGAUACUUUAAAAACACAUCAACCUUGAUUUCUAAUUCGAAAGCUAGCUCAUAAAUUUCACAUGUAAAUAUUAUGGGGGCGAAAGAUUUUCAUGGUUUCAGUCAUAACGGCCCUCUGCGGGAAAACUUAACUACAAUGUGGCCCAUGACAAAAAAUGAGUUUGACACCCCUGCAAGAAAUAGUGAUAUCAAUGGAUAGAUAAUAAAUAGAUGAUGGGGAGUUUUGAGUUGUCGAGGUAAUCAAACUUUGCUGCUACGCCGCGGCAACGCGCAAUGACAAAAGCGUAAACAUUUAGCAUCUCGCGACUGUCGAGUACAGUGGACCUCGCUAGUACCGGUUGGCGUUAUUCUUUCAUUGAAAGCAAAAAACAAAAAAGGUUUGAUUAAGCGAGAAUAACCUACCAAUAAGUGAUUUUGCGGUUGGAUUAAACCACGGGUGCCAAAGUACAAGUAUGUGGGGGGUUCACUGGAUUACUGACUUUAAUUUGGCAGAACCAAGAUGGAAGUUCGUCUUUUGAGGACACUUGAGAAUGACCCUGAAAUGCCCCCGUCAAUCCAAAAUAGCGAGCUUCCCUUUGUCUUUUCAACUUGACUUCCUGAAACAUUUUUGUAGGCUUAAUCAUGACAGGCAUGCGCACCAAAUUUUCCGUUGCUAAGCGAAUCUGGCUUCAGGGACUGAAUUCCCCCCCAACCCCCAAUUCUGCUUUGUACCACUGAACCAGUUGUGACUCAUCAAACUUUGCCACCAUGCUCCGCCCACAAGCAGUGAGGAAAAAUCGAAUGUUGUUUGAUUUAGUUUGCCCAUCUUCAAAUUUGGUCGCAAGGGGAGUACAGUGGUGCCUCAGUUCUUGACCACAAUCUGUUCCAGAAGCCCGGUUGAAAAGUGAAACGUUCGAAAACCAAGGCGCGUUUUCCCAUUACAAUGAUUGGAAAAUGAAAUAAUG